CUUGAAAAAGAAAAGAGGCGGAAAAAAACCCCGGACACGAUCGCGGAGUGAGACCCCGGAGUGCGUGGUCGUGUUUUUUUUUUUUUUCUCCGGCGUCAUGCAAAAGGAAACGCGAUAUAAUAAUAAUGAUGAUGACUGAUAGGAAAUAAAGAAGAGAGAGAAAAAAAAGAGGAAAGGAGGAAGAGGAUGACGAGGAGAGAGCGCGCGCGGACCGGCCGGUGUGCGCGGAGAAAAUAAAGGACGAACUUUGUUGACCUCGCGCGCGCUCAGACAGAGACUGAGGAUUAAAACACGAUCCUGCACGUCGGAUUUUUUCCCCCACGCGCACACACACACACACACACACACCGGUAGCUCGGUUUAACCCCGGUAACAUAUUAUUUUAUUCCGUUAGAAUAAUAAUAAUCUUUUAUUAUAAGGGCGUCCAGGCGCGCGCGCGUCGCGAGCGGUUUUCCGAGGAUGCGUGUCGCCGAGUCGCGUGCGUGUGCGCAACAUUCUUCCACGCGACACCGCGAGCGAGUUUGAGCCCUAAACACACACACACACACACACACACACACACUCUCUCGGUAUCUCCUGUCACGGCGUGUGAGAUCUUUUAAACCGGGUUUCUUCUGCAAGUCCAGGGUGCGUGUUUUUUUUGCACCAUGUAUGAGAGCGUGGACAUGGUGGGUUUGACCCCGAACUCGUUUCUAAACGUGGAUUAUUACCACCAGCACCACCAACGCCAGCAGCAGCAGCAGAAGCGCGCAUGUCUGAUCCCGGAUAAAGGGAUUUCGAGAUCUUUCGUCUCCUGGAGCUCCUCUCACUCGGUGGACACUCAGAGCUCCAGUUCAGAGGACAUCGUCCCAAGUCCUCCAUCUCCUCCGCCUCCUCCUCGUGUCUAUAAACCCUGCUUUGUUUGUCAAGACAAAUCAUCAGGAUAUCACUAUGGAGUCAGCGCCUGUGAGGGCUGCAAGGGUUUCUUCCGCAGAAGCAUCCAGAAGAACAUGCUGUACACGUGCCACCGAGAGAAGAACUGCAUCAUCAACAAGGUCACACGCAACCGCUGUCAGUACUGUCGCCUGCAGAAGUGCCUGGAAGUGGGCAUGUCCAAAGAGUCGGUGCGGAACGACCGGAACAAGAAGAAGAAGGAGGAGAAAAAGCCGGAGUGCUCGGAGAGCUACGUCUUGAGUGCCGACACGGAGCAGAUGAUCGAGCGCGUGAGAAAAGCUCACCAGGAGACGUUUCCUUCACUGUGCCAGCUUGGAAAAUACACCACGAAUAACAGCGCUGAUCAUCGAGUCGCUCUGGAUGUGAAUCUGUGGGACAAAUUCAGCGAACUGUCCACUAAGUGCAUCAUCAAAACGGUGGAAUUCGCCAAACAGCUGCCGGGUUUCACCACGCUGACCAUCGCCGACCAGAUCACACUGCUCAAAGCAGCCUGCCUCGACAUCCUGAUUCUGCGGAUCUGCACACGCUACACUCCGGAUCAGGACACCAUGACGUUUUCGGACGGACUGACGCUGAACCGGACGCAGAUGCACAACGCCGGCUUCGGGCCGCUCACCGAUCUCGUGUUCGCCUUCGCCAAUCAGCUGCUGCCGCUGGAGAUGGACGAUGCCGAGACGGGCCUGCUCAGCGCCAUCUGCCUGCUGUGUGGAGAUCGCCAGGACCUGGAGGAGUCGGACAAGGUCGAUGUCCUGCAGGAGCCGCUGCUGGAAGCGUUGAAGAUCUACGUGAGGAAGAGGAGGCCUCAUAAACCACACAUGUUCCCCAAGAUGCUGAUGAAGAUCACAGACCUCAGGAGCAUCAGCGCUAAAGGAGCGGAGCGAGUGAUCACUCUGAAGAUGGAGAUCCCGGGGGCCAUGCCUCCACUCAUCCAGGAGAUGCUGGAGAACUCUGAGGGAUUAGAAGGCAGCAGCGGGAACCCCCCAGGCAGCUGCAGCCCGAGUCUCUCCCCCAGCUCAAUACACAGCAGCCCAUCGACACACUCACCCUGAAUAUCUCACUCUCAUGCACACACACACACACAUAAGAAUACUUAUACACACACCUAUUCACACACACACACACGUUAAGAAUAAUCAACCUGAACCUGCUCCAUGACUCUGUACACACACGUGCAGUCUGUGGGUCUGGUUUUAGAACAAUGUGGCUGAUUUAGAAGCUUCACACACACACACACACACACAGGCUGAGCCUGAGUCACACUCGCAUUACAGGUGUGCGGGUUGGUGGUACUGCCGAGGUACCGAUCCGAUCGAAAGCAGCUUGCACGCUCGGUCAAAAACUCGGACUUGAUCUGAUUCGAAUCAGAGACACGAGAAGGACGUGAGAUCGUGGAACGUUUCCGAGAAAACUCUCCCAUUUCCCUAUGAACUUUAUAGAGCCGUUUUUCGGAUUUCCUCACGAGGAGACGGCGAUCUAGAGACAUGGGACGUCCGCUGUCCAAAUGUCAUCAGGGACAUUUUCUUUUCUUUUUUUUUUGUGUUUUUGUUUUCUUACGGAAUAUAUGAACAAUCGAGUAUCAUUCGAUGAUUGAAAAGAAUUUGUGUUGAUGCAGGAGAAAAAAAAGAAAAAAAACUCGCAUUUCUGCUUCGUCUUUGUCCCGCGAGUCGAACCCGGUUCAGUUCUGCUCGCUGUCUCGCAAUCGUCGUGGAUGUUCCGGUGACGUGGUCACGCCGUUCGACCCGCUCGAGCGUAGAUGAGCACGGGAGUCAUUAUGGGCUCGAACAAACGCAUUAUUACGCAAUGUUAAUAGAGAUUAGCGCUGAAGGAGAAUCCGGAUUAAAAGUAACUCAGGAGUGGACAAAUCAGAUUCGUUAUCUGGCUGCAUUGUUUCUUCAGAUUGGUGUUUGGUUGCCUGGGAAACCUGAGCGCUGGUAGCCGAUGGCGUGUAACAGCGUGCGCUGUACAGCUGCGAUUCGCAGAGACAUCGUUCAUAUCCUAUUAUGAUAACAGUUUAAAUCUAGUUUUACAUGAAGCCCAAAGCUACUGAUUUGUCCGCUCCGGAUGAACACACUAUAAGGUCAAAUGUUUGUGGACAUCUGAUUAUUACAACCCGAUGUGGGUUUUCUCCAAACUGUUACCACAAGAUGUUUUUUGUUUGCUUCAGCAUUAAAACUUUUCCCUCAUUUGAACAAUGAGACCAGAACCAGCAUGAAGAUGCCCCUGUGCACAAAGCCGGCUCCAUGAAGAUAUGCUUUUCAUAUGUUGGAAGUGUGUGGAAGCUAUCCCCACACCCCAUGUCCUCCUCACCUUCUCACAUACAUCAAUACCUGACUUUGAAGAAGUUUGUGGCUUAAUGAAGCUCCACAAAAUCCAGGGGAACAUCUCGCCAGAAGAUAGUUAUUAUAAGAGCAAACGGGGAUUUGGAAUGGGACGUUCACAAAGCAUGGAUUCGAUGGUCCGUUCUCCACAAACCUUUGGCCAUAUAGUGUAUUUGACCAGUGGCAGUUUAAGUACAAUUUCAGCAUGUUCACAUUUUUCAUAUCUUUUUUCAGUGCAAUCAAAGAAAUUCUUACACUGCCUCAUUCACACAACCACGACACUGCCUCGGAUUUUCUUUAUCAUCCACCGCCGCCUACAACACCACUGCCUCUGUGAGACAAUCACUCUUCCGGUAGCAGCGCCCCCCCAAGGAGCACGUGAGUGACACCGGACACGCCGGGAUCCAACGCCACAGUCAUGACUGCAGCGAGUCUGCUGGUUAAAGAGUUCAUUUUUUUCCUCCUUCCAAGACAAGAAGUUGCUGCAUACGAUCACCAGACCGGCCUUUGAACUUCGUCACAGAUUCGCGAUAUAUCACGGUUCUUACAUUCGAUCCCGAGCGCAGACUUUUACCCCUUGAACUGUCGCCACCAUGAGGAUUUCAAAGCUACACGUCUCGCUUCCUUCCAGUCCGGCUUUCCGCUGUCAACGAAUCAUCACUGUACCCGUGUGCAAUACCUCCUCCUCAAAAAAAAAACAAAAACAAAAAAAACCGAAUCAAAUCGCUUGAAAGACUUCCACGUUUCACUUUGACUAUGCACGCGACUUGCACAGAAACUCCAAUCGCGACGUGUUUCGCUUCCUCCGAACGUUCUUUCUUCGUGUUCCGUCAACGUGGAGCGUGACAACGUGAGGACACUGCCUGCGAACUUUCACUGCCAACGAGCCGCAUCAUUUCAGACGUCUCGAGACACGUCAAAGCGACACGGCGUCCAGCACAAAGACGUCGUCCUGUUCUGUUCUGUUCUGUUCUGUUUUGCUCCGACACGUGUUACACCUUCAAACGCACAAAUAUGGUUUCUCUUGUAUCAUGAACUGGAUGAUGAAAAUAAUCUUUAUUAAAGACUGAUGUUUUUUGUGUGCGUUUCUGA